CCCCCCCGGCUUCACCGCGACCGCUGGGACUGCUGUCCCAGCUCCAAAUCCUUGCUAGGUCAGGACCGGAUCUGUAGCGAGCGGUCGCGCGGGCAUGGUUUCCCCCUUCGUGCCUUGCCUGUGACCGCGGUCCGCCGAAUCCCAGCUCUGGCCGUCCAUCGGCCACUCGCCUGGACUGGAUGGUGCGACGGCGCUCUCCAGGGAUCAACGCCCCUCGCGGAACCGCAGAUUGUUUGCUUGGUCUGCUACUUGAGUUCUUAGUUCCUUUUCAUUUGUUGCGAUGCUGGUCCAUGCACACCAACUGCUCGAUGCAUUGCCCAAAUAGGACAUAGGUAAGAGCUUCCUGAGGUACACAGCAUAAGACCAAGCAUUUUGCAUCCGUUGCAUACAACUCGUAGCCAGGAUUUCCUCGGAUUGGACUACACCCAAUCAGCUGGUUUACUGCAUGAUACAAACUAUGGAGACAGCGUCAUCAUUGGAAUUAUCGAUUCAGGUAACUACACUUCCUCAUGUUUGAUAUGUAUUCCAUCAGGUUCUAUACACUAGCUAAAUACAUUUUAACAGUAACACACUGUUCCUGCCUGGGUACAUAUCAUUAUGGAAGUGAAUGUCAAAUCAAAUAUGAAAUAUGUAAGACUGAUCCAUUUGUAAAGAAAGUACCUGCAUUUCAACAUAUGCAUAUGGCUGACGCAAAAUUAUUUCAAUUAUCCAGUGCUCCCUCUGUGCACUUUUGUAGGGAGCAUUUUGAUUUGGCAUGGUCUAAAUAUCUAGAAAGAAAUUUAACUUAGAAAUCUAUUAGUAUAAGUUUUGUGCACUAUAAACUUGUAUUAUUUGUUAUUCGUCAAAACUUAUGGUGUUUGAAUUAAUUAAAUACAUACUAUUGGGUUGCAUGCACCGACCAUUUCAACCCAAAAGCUUAAGCUGAUGAGGAAAAGUGGGCAAUUCACUUUAUAUUCUAACACUCCCCCUAACGCGAGGCCCCCUCAAGCCUCUAACGUGGAAUAAGAAGUGGGCAGCAAUUUUUAUUUAAUUGCGUGCUAGCCAAGAUUCGAACUCGAGACCUCUGGCUCUUAUACCAUAUUGAAUUACAUGCACCGACCAUUUCAACCCAAAAGCUUAAGCUGAUGAGGAAAAGUGAGCAAUUCACUUUAUAUUCCAACACAUACAUGCCUUGUAUAAGUGGAUAGAUGGAGUAUUGAUACUUUUAUACCACUUUUCACAUGUGGUUUAUAACACUGGUGAGUCAAUUUAUAUCACUAGAACUUUAUUAUGUGUAUUGUGUUCAAAUUUAAUUUCAUUCUUGAUUUUUUUUCCUAAAAGCUACAUAUUGGUAUUGUAUUUCAAACAUUUUGUUUAUAAACAACGAUGUGAAAUCCAAAAAUCCAAAAUGGCUGUAUUUGUAACUUGAGGAAACUGCUAGGCUGCACAUCCAAGGGGGUUAAAAUUUUGGCAGAUAUAUAAUCACAAUGAAGGUUAUUCCUGUUAUUGUCCCCUAUAUAUGUCAGGUAUCUGGCCGGAGUCUCCAAGCUUCAAAGAUGAUGGUCUAGGUCCUUUGCCUUCCAAGUGGAAGGGCAAAUGUCUAGCCGGCCAAGCAUUUGGUUCUAACCAAUGCAACCGAAAGAUAAUUGGGGCUCGAUGGUAUGACAAACAUUUGAAUCCAGACAAUCUUAAAGGUCAGUACAAGUCAGCUAGGGAUGCUGAUGGACAUGGGACACACGUCGCGUCCACAGCGGCUGGUGUUCUGGUGCCAAACGUUAGCUUCCAUGGGCUAGCUGUUGGGUAUGCCAGAGGUGCUGCACCACGUGCACGUCUUGCAGUUUACAAGGCGUGCUGGGGAUCGCCGCCAAGCUGUGAUACUGCGGCCGUCUUGCAAGCGUUUGACGAUGCCAUACAUGAUGGUGUCGAUGUGCUGUCCCUUUCUAUUGGUGCACCGGGCCUUGAGUAUCCUGCUAGCCUCCAGGCUGUCAAGAAUGGCAUAUCAGUCAUCUUUUCUGCAGGGAAUGAAGGUCCUGCACCCAGGACUGUUAAGAAUGCAUCCCCCUGGGCCAUGUCGGUAGCAUCGGCCACAAUAGACCGUGCUUUCCCCACUGUUAUCACACUUUCCGACAGCACCAGUAGCUUUGUGGGUCAAUCUUUGUUCUAUGAUACAGAUGAUAAGAUUGACAACUGGUAUGAAGUCUAUCAGUCUAGCUGCCUUUUUGGGACUCCGGAAACGUCAAAUGUAACUCUUGCUGUGGGGAAGAUUGUGCUUUGCAACAGUCCUAACUCUGUGAGCCUAAUUUCACCAACAAUUCAACCGGUUUGGAACAUUUUGCUUGCUGUAAAUGCUUUGAAGGAGGCUGGAGCAAAGGGAAUUAUUUUUGCCGCAUAUGCUUUUGAUAUAUUGGACGUUGUUGAAAGUUGUGGCAGCAUGCCUUGUGUUUUGGUGGACUUUGAAGUUGCACAACAGAUAAAACAAUCUGCUGAUGAAAACACCGCACUGGUAGUUAAGGUGGCUGCAGCUCAGACUUGGAUUGGAGGUGAAGUGCUCGCUCCGAAAAUCUCAGCCUUCUCCUCCAGAGGACCUAGCCCACUUUAUCCAGAAUUCCUCAAGCCUGACAUUGCGGCGCCAGGAUCUAACAUCUUGGCAGCAGUCCAAGACUCAUACAAGUUCAUGUCGGGAACUUCGAUGGCAUGCCCACAUGUGUCAGGUGUAGUUGCAUUGCUCAAAGCAUUGCAUCCGGAUUGGUCUCCUGCUAUUAUCAAAUCAGCACUGGUGACUACAGCCAGCAACGAAAAAUAUGGUGUCCCAAUAUUAGCUGAUGGGCUUCCCCAAAAGAUAGCAGAUCCAUUUGACUAUGGUGGUGGCUUCAUUGAUCCAAACAGAGCCGUUGAUCCUGGCCUAGCAUAUGAUGUUGACCCAAACGACUACACCUUACUCCUUGAUUGUAUUUCUGCUGCCAACUCAAGCUGUGAGUUUGAACCCAUAAAUAUGAACCUUCCAUCAAUUGCAAUUCCUAAUCUAAAAGAACCAACAACUGUGCUGAGAACAGUAACAAAUGUUGGCCAAGCUGAUGCAGUUUACAAGGCUGUUGUGAAAUCACCUCCCGGUAUGAAGAUAUCAGUGGAGCCAUCUGUUCUACAAUUCAGCCAGAGCAAAAAGAAGCAGAGCUUUAAGGUCAUUUUCAGCAUGACCCGCAAAUUUCAAGGGGGCUACCUAUUUGGGAGCCUAGCAUGGUAUGAUGGAGGCACUCACUAUGUCAGGAUUCCAAUUGCGGUUCGACCAAUAGUAUCCGAUAAUUAUGCAGAUCUCUGAAGAAGCAUAGAACUACAGAAUGUUCAUACUUCAAAAGGUUCUGUGGAGCAGGCCUCAUCCUAUAUUAUCCCCUCAAAGUUGAGUUUGUCAGCCUCACCAAAACUGUUGUACUACUUUACAUGUUUUGUUUUUCUGUCUGUAAUUUGUGAUUUCACUACACUAUAUGAUACCUCCUAUCAUAUGGACAGAGGUCCGAAAAAAUAAUGGAAUAAACGAGGGAUAUACCUGUGUGUACUCGUUAACCCCGCUAAAAGAGAUGGAGGGCAUUGGCUCCUCUCACAUUGGUAUUUGGUCA